GAAAAAUAGUAGUUUAAUGGUUGAAUUUCUUACGAACACGUGUCGGUAGGAUUGAAUCUUAAAACAGAGAUUUAAUUUGUUUUAAUUUAUACGCGGUAUUGUUCUUCGAUUAGUGCUGGAAACGAUCGUAAAGAUGCCGCGUGUAUUUAAGGAUUCAGAUGACGAUACGGAAACGAAGAUCGGCCGCAGAACUCGAGGAAUCGUAGCAUCCUCGGUCACGAGCUCUCCUCUACGACGUAGCAGCAGAAUUCGACGUCCUGCCCAUCAGGAUGGAUCAUCUCCAGAAUCAGUAACCGAAGGUAAUACAGGUCCAAGCACAAGACGUCGUACAGGUACAAUGGAAUCUGGAGCUAGUGAACCAUCCAGAAUAUUACGAUCCAGGAAAAACUCUGUUACAUCUGAUGUUAGCGAGGUAUCAGAUUUACAGUCUCAUGUUGGCACACCUCAGAAACGUUCAACAAGAAGAAGCCUCACAGCACAGAUUGCAGAUUCUCCAGAAUCUACUGUUCACGCUAAACGUUCUUUAAGAGCCGGUUCGGAGUCUAAGUCUACACCACCAGUUGUAAGAGCUCGCAGGACUAGAGCUAGCUCUGUGGAAUCUGAACAUCCUAUCGAUACAUUAUUGAAAAAAGAAUCAGAUUCUCAGUCAACAACAGUACCUACUAAUACCAAAACACGUAGGCGAGCAUCUGUAAUGCCAUCAGAACCUGUUUUAGCAGAAGAAGCUGAAGAAGUUAAAAGUGCCAUACCUGAGGUUUCCGAUUCUGUUACAUCAAAACAUGAUGAAUCCGAUAACUUAUCAUCAUCCUCUAUCAAGAAAACAUCCAAAUCCAUGUCAGCUAAUACUAGCUUGGAGGCAGUGGACGAAGAAAUGCCCGUUGAAGAGUCACUCGCCAAGGAUUCAGUCUUUGAAUCCUCUGAAAAAUCACUUUCACUAAGAGAUGAAGCAUCCCCAAGUGAUGUAUCGCCAGCAGACACAAAGUUGACAACACCGACGAUGUCAGAUCAUUCCAUUCCCAUCGAGACCAUCGUAGAAGUACAAACAACUGUAAUGGAAACCAUAGUGAACAAUAAAGGUAUAUCUGCGACUCCGCCAAAACGUCAUUCCCUAACACUGAAAGAGACUUCUAAGGAAUUGGGCCUUAAAAUAGAAAGCUUACUUAAUAAAUCAACUGGAAAACAAGAAACGAGUCCUGGCAAUAAGGAGAAUGAAAAAGGAAAUGUUACUGACAUAAAGUUCGAACGAAAUUUAGAGACAAUAACCAACGUCGUAUCGACUGGUAAAAAAUCAUUGAGAUCACUCCUUGAGACGCCCUCGAAAGAAAAGCAUAAUUUGUCUGCGGACGAUCGACUUCUGUCUAAUAUUUCAGAGUUUCAAAACACGCCAGAGGAAACAGUUACUGUUCGUAAAAGUUUUGACAAUUCGGAACAAACUGAUUCCGCCAAAUCGAAGAUUUUAACUCGAAGACAUUCCCUGAAGAACAGUGCUACAGAGAAAGAGUCUUCAAAUUUGAGUUCUCAAAAAAUCGAAUCCCAUUCCGAACCGAUGGAAGUCGACGAAAUCACCGUGGAAAAUCUAAAUGAUCUUUCAAACGAUAAAGUGACUUUCCAGGAAAUAGAAAACGUAGUCUUGAAGGACGCUUUUGUGAAAUUAGACAAAAUGGAACUCGAUGGCGAACGAACGAACGAAAAUGAUGAAGAUAGUGAACCUGUGAAAUUGCAACAGAACUUAAAUGAGGUCUCAGAAAUGGAAAAAUUGGAAAUAGAUGCGGAUCCAGAGGACAUGUCUGCAGUGAGUUCCGAACCAUUAUCGGCAAUAAUGAAAUCUAAUACAGUUUGCCAGCUACGUGAAAAAUUUCUUACUAAUUUAGAAAGCAAAACAAUAUCUUCCAGAAGAACAGUUGGUGAGGUUGUGCAAGAACAUUCAACAGACUCUCAACAGAAAAGACUUAGUUUAAAUAUAAGCGAUUUAGAAAGUGGUUCUCCUAUAAACAAGAGUGAGCUGCCAGAGAAUAUUCAGGAAGAUGAUGUUGAAAUACCAAAAGAUGCGAGUACUCAGAAGGAGAGUCCAACGAAAGAUACUACUGCAGAGUUAAAUGAGUAUGUCACAGACUGCAGUAUGUCAGAUACAAUAUCCAUCAGAAAUAUUUCUUUUGAUCCAAACGAGAAAUCGUCAGUCACAGAUUCGCCGAUCCGCAUGAAUGAGAGCUGCAAAGGAGAUGAGAUUCUGUGUACAAUUAAAAAUACGAAUUCUUCAAUUGUUCCAGACUCAACCAGAGGACUAACUCAAGGUGAAUCUGUCAAAGAGGUUGAAACGUCCGUAAGUACUACUUCGAAAUCGCCAAGUAAAACAACUGAGAAAACUGCCAAAUCGUCAUUUGUGACAAGUCCACAAGUCGACAACAAAAAAAGUAAGCGUACUCAAGGGGUGAAUGUCGACGACAGUGACUUAGAUUCAAAUAUUGGUAAUCUAUUUCAAGACAUUCCGGCUGAUGAAUGGGAAAAGGUAAAAAAUAAGAAACUCGUAGAGUACGAAAGUUGUUCUAUCCAUUCAGUGUCUACUGAAAGACUCGAAAAUGAAAGCGAGGCAGAGUGCGAUCUCAUUCUGGUAGAUCGUGACGCCUGGCACGCAGCAGAGACUGAAAAACUCGUUAGGAAAAAUCAGAAAUUUGAUUAUGAUUCAGAUGAUACUAUCAUUAUGAAAACUAGGAUGUUAGAAUCCGAACUUAAAAAAGGUGAGAAACAGACACAGCUGGAAAUAGUUCCGGAGGAGGAGCCUAUGGAAGUUGUUAGCGAAGAUGAAGCCAGUAAGACUGCUGACAAUCAGUCAUCGGCUAAGAAACAGUUAACUAAGGAGUGUACGGAAAUUUUAAAUUCGUCGAAAAGGAAAUCUGUAGGUAGAAGAAAAUCAUCGACCAAUACAGAGAAUGAUGGGAGCGAUUCCGUUUUCGUCAAUGAUGACACCAAUGCAUUAAAUAAUAGGAAAUCACUUAAUAAAUCCGGAGAUUCUUCAGGUGUACUGAACACGUCGAAUAAAUCAGAUAAAACAGCAUUUUCGAAAAAUAAAUCGAUAGUCAUGGAGAAUGAUGAUGACUCCGAUGAUGAGUUGAUUAUGAAUUCGUCUCAAGAGGAUUCAUCCAUAGAUCGAAAAUCUUUGAUUAAAUUACGGGACAGUUUAAAUAUUUCUAAAAAAAGUUUAAAUAAGUCAGUAGACUUAAAUCUCUCAAAAAGCAGUAAAAAUAAUCCAGAAAAUGAGUCGAGUGAUGUCUUUACCCAUAAGUUCUUGAACAGAAAACCUAUAAAUAACACUAUAGAAGUGAAUUCUACCAGUUCUAGUGAUGACGAACCAUUUGUACUCGAAGAUGUUAGCGACGAUGAAUCAAAUGAAGCAAAUAUAUCAUCUCGUAAAUCAUUGAGUAACAGAAGGUCUCUAAAUACGUCUAAGAAACAAAAAUCAACGAGCCGAAUUGAGGAACAACAAAACAAUGACGAAGAAUUCAGCAGUAACUUAACGGAUGAGAGUUCUGUCGCGUUGAAAUCCUUAAACAAGUCACGCGAAUGUGAGACAGUUGACGAGAAAAUAGAUGAGCAAGAAACUAGCUGUAAUUCAUCGUGCAACGUUAAUGUUUCCUCCCGUAAGUCUGCUGAUUUGAGAAGAUCUCUAAAUAGGUCAUCUAAUGCCAUGUCUCUUGAAUCGAGCAAAAAUCAAGAUCAGGGUAAUAAAACAAGUAAUAAUACGCCAGAGAAUGUGAAAUCCUUUUCACGUAAAUCUACAGAGACAAGAAAAUCUUUAAACACGUCCCAACAAAAUUUGAGUAAGAAGCUUAUAGCAGAGGAAGCUGUUAUCAUGAUGGAUACUGGAUCAGAUAAUGAAGAAGGAAAAGAAGUCGAAGAAAUGGAACAAAGUAUGCAGACUUCAACGGCUGAAAUGAAGUCUCGUAAUUCAUUGAAGAAUGUAUCAGUUGGUAAAAAGACAAAACGACUUAUAGAAUUUAAUGAAGAAGAAAGUUCGGACAAUGAUAUUUCUGCGAAAUUCAGUGAAGAUGAUUCUAAUGAUAACGUUGAACAAAAUAAUAAAUCAAAGAAUACUUCACUGAAGAUGAUAAGUGGCAAAACAGCCAGUUUUAAGAGAAACUAUUCAACGCUUGCACGUUAUGGUUCUGAUCUUGAAAGCGGUUCGAAUAGCGAUGAAUGUGAUAAACAAAUUCCAUCAUUCUUGUUUAAUGAAAGCACUUCUAAAGAUGAGGAUGACACUGAAAACAGUAUGGAUCUUGAUAUCGCUCGUGAAAUGAAUCUUAACGGCGAUACCAGUCUAAAAUAUUCGGACGAUGACGUCCCAGCGGAUGAUUGUAGAGCUUCAGAAUCAGAAUCUUCUGAUUCAAACGAUAAUGGUUCGGAUCUUGCUGAUUUUGUAGUGGGUGAUGAUGAGAUUGUUGAAGAUGAGGAGGAUAUGGAAGAAGAAACAGAUGAAGAUUCCAUAAAUGAAGAAGAAGACAUGUUAGAAGAACCCAGUAAUGACCAAAAGAAGAAAAAGUAUAACAGAAUUUCAUUACCAGUCGACUCAGAAAACGAAGAUGAUAAUACAGAAUCGGAGGAUGUUCAUAAAGAACAGGAAGAAGAUUCUGAAGCUGAAGUCGAGCAGGUCUCAAAAUCUCGUUUGUCUAUGGAUAAAAAUAUUUCAAAAUCAUCGAACAAGAACAAAACUUUAGACGAGCCUGAAGAAAUCAUAGAGUCCAAAAUUGAUUUAGAACAAUCAAGGAAGAGUUUAACGAAGAAACAUCGUAAAUCUCUUUCAUCAAUAGAAUGUAGUACGCCGAUAUCAACUUCUGCUAAAGAGAAGACUAACGAGAAGAGAGCUAAUCAACUCACCCCGAAUGACUCGUUGCUGGACAUAGUUGCUACAGAGGUUGGAUUUGCUAAGAAGAAAUCCCUAAGUGCCCAAACUUUAGCUGAUGUCAAAACACCUAUAAAAAGUGCAAGUAAUUCCAAGGAUAAGGACGUGCCAUCAUUUAAAACACUAAAGGCCUUGCAGCAAAGUUUGCCUAUAGAUCCACCCGAAAUUACAGAAGCGACAAAUCUUUCAAGAAAAAAAUCGUUAAAGGUAGAUACGUUAAAUAAAUCAAUGGCUACUCCAAACAGUGAGACUCCUUUAACGAAGUACUUGAAGAAACAGAAGCUAAAUGAAAGCUUGCCAGCGGAUGUUGGUGAUGAGAAAUUACGAAAGUUGAAACGAAAAUCAAUGAUUCAACAAAGAAGAAGCUUGGUCACCAUGGAAGGUAAAGACGGUACUGAGGUGGACAGUAAAAAAUCAAAUGCAGAAGAAGCUAUGGAUGAAGCGGAGGAUGUAUUGGAUAUUGAUCUAGAAAAGCAGAAAGGAAGUCAAAUACAGGAAAUGGUGAUAGUAUCGAAAGAUGAAGAAAUCGAGGAGGAAAUUGUCACUGAAAAACCAGUUCAUAGUAAUAAAAGUAAGAUUGCUAUCCGUAAAGAAAGAAAGAAAUUGGCGAAGAAGUUAUCGCGAACAUCGAGCCUCGAGCAAGCAGAAACUGAAGACUCUGCCGAACCAAAGGAGUAUAAUGAAAAGCAGGACGUUAAAACAGUGAACAGCACAACUAAUGAAGAUUCACGGAUUACUAAAAGGAGUAAAGUCGUUGCAGAAGAGAGUGGUAAGUUAAAAAAGAAAUCAAAUAAGAAAAAGCAAAAGUCUGAAGUAAGCCAGGAAAUUGAACAAGAGAGCCUGUCUAACGAAGCUUUAGAAAAUAUCGAAACUCGCGAAUCGGUUGAUGAAGAGGGUGUAGCAUCGGUGCAAAAAUCCAAUAAGAAACAAAAGAAAAAAAAGAAAAAUAAGAGUCUUCCUGAAGCGAUUUCGGCGAACGAAAAUGAAGGACCAAGUGAAGAAUCACUCGUUCAUAACAACAAGAAGGAGCGAAAACGAAAAUUAAAAGAAGCUGCGGAGUCCGCGCAACCGGAAGUGGAAGCAAAGACGAAGCUGAAAAAUGUAGAUAAAAUAGUUGUCGAGGAAUCCACGUCAAAAAAGCGAACCAAAAAACAAAGACAAGUCCUAAAAUCUCAAGAGAUAGAAAUCCAGAAGAAAGAUUCAGCUGUCGAUUCUUCAUCCGAUGCCAGCGAUGCACCAGAAAGCAUAGGAUUUGCGAAAGCUCGUCAAGCAGCAGUAUUAGAAAUGAAGAAUGUUGCUGAAAGCGUAAAAGCUGGAAAAGAAGCUAAGAAGAAGAAGAAUGUGAAGCACAACAAAAAGGUUGAACACGAUCAACAUAUGAAAGUUGAAGAAUUAGAAAAAGUGGAAAAAGUCUACCCAGCUAAACAGAAUCUAAAGAGACUUCCAGAUGAUGUAAUUGAAAACAUAUCAGAUGUUCCAACAAGGCCACAAAAGAGAAGGAAGAUCUUGAAGAAAGAAGAAAAAAUAUUGCCGUCAAGAUCAAUGUUCAGCCCUAGUAAACCAUCAAGUUGCCACAUAAAGACGAAAGACAUUUUUAUUCCAUUAAGCUCAUCCGGUGGCACAACACAAUUUCAAGUUGCCAGCCUUGAGAAGAUUAAGAAAAAUCAGAAAAAAGUUGCGGCAUCAUUAUUCAGAGAGCGAAUGUUGAAUCGGAAUCGUCGCCAGCAGGUGUCCGCUUAUUUAAUGUAUCAUCAGAAACUAAAAGCUUCUGGUAAAGACAAGUUUCCUAAACCCGCGUAAAGAGAAUCCUACCUUUUUAUGAUAUUUGAUGAAUAAUAAUUCUUAUAGCCUGUCAUUCGCCAUUGUCUAUCUUACUCGCUAGCACGCUUUAUAUUUGAAAAUGUGGUGUUAGUUGAUGUUGAAGAAGAAAAUCCUCAGAAUUUUUUAAGGAAACUUCCAAGUGGAGAAAUAUGUACUGAAACAAAAAAAUAAACAUCUUGCUCAUUUGAGAACCGACAUAAUAAUGCUUCAGCGAUUUUAUAAUAUAUUGAUGUGAUAUGUCGCUACAUACAAUGAUAUAUUAUCACCAGCUGAUUCUAAGACCUGAAUAUAUGAAAAAGGUUUCUUCAGUCAAAGAAAAAUCCUGAAGGUGUGCGUUAAAAAGUAAUCAACAAUAAUUGUGCCUAUAUAUCAGACUGAGAGUAUUUCUUUUUCGUAUAAAGCGUCGAUAGCUUUUAUAUUUUCUACGAUUUAUCCGUGACGCAAGACAAUGCGAUAUGGGACACGUGCGAUGAUGUUUUCAAGGAAUAGGCUGAACAAUCAAUAAUUUCUCGCAGAUUUUAUGCUUACUUGUCGAAGACAAGCGGACAUUUUUAUCGAUAUAAAUUUGUUGCGAAAACAUGUAUUUUCUUUUACUUUACUAAAAAAAAAAUUGUUCUUUUCAAUAAAAUUUCUUCAGCUACGCUACCGAUCACAGUGUCCUUCCAAUUUGAUGUAAGAAAUUACGACUUGAGUCACAAUGUCAUAUUAAUGCGAGAAUAAUUCAGUGCACAAAUCCGCGCAGUUAUUGACAUAAAGAUAUAACCAAUUUUUGUUUAUCAUAGUGUAUAAUAAUGUAUCGCUAGUGAGUAAACUGAUCCUAAUUAUCGCGACAGCUGCGAUAAAACUGUUAAUGUUAAUUCGAAUACGUUUUUAAUCUGUUGUGUUUGUAAUGCAUUUCUUUAUAAUAUUGUAAGGUAGUUUUUCCUAUGUUCUCUUUACUUUAGGUCUGUUCGAAUGAACGAAUAAAUUAUGGUAUCAUAAAAA